UUAGAACAAUGGGAUGCAAACAAACCAGCCAAUACUCCUCAUCUUGGCAUGACAGUCACAAUCCGAGAUCCAAAUCAUGAGAUCCUGUUGCUGAAACGGUAUGGCAAAUAUGGAAAAUUUACCUUCACAUCACAUGCUUCGGGGCAGCAUUAUCUGUGUAUGCAGUCAAACUCGACCAGGUUCUCUGUCUUUGCAGGAGAAAGGCUGAGAGUCCAUUUAGAUGUACAAAUGGGAGAACACUCCAUCGAUCCCAGUGCUGUCAAAGCCAAAGACACGGUCAAAACAAUGGAGUACAGUCUACAGCAUCUUAUUGACCAAAUGACUUACAUUGCUCGUCAACAAGAUUACCAAAGGGAACGAGAAGAAACCUUUCGAGAGAUCAGUGAGCAAACAAACUGGAGUGUUUUAUGGUGGGCCAUUAUUCAGACAGCAAUACUGCUUUCUGUUGGAUUCUGGCAGAUGAAGAGGCUGAAGGACUUUCUUAUAGAAAAGAAACUGGUUUGAUGCUAUGCUGGCAGUCCUUGUUCUGGUAGUUGUUGGUGGUAUGUUUUGAACAAAAUUGUGUUGGC